CUACGUCGCUGCCUAUCUUUUAUCUGUCGCCUCGCGCACUCAACACCAUUUUCACAAUAAUGGCUGCCGUCGCUCCUACCACAGCUGUCCAACAGGUUGUGGUCAAGAAACCAGAGGGUUUUGACCUUUACUCUCGCUUUGCCCUUGCCGGUGCACUGGGCUGCUCCAUUACACACGGUGCCUUCACUCCAGUCGAUGUUGUGAAGACCAGGAUACAGCUUGACACCUCCACUUACAACCGUGGUAUGUUUGGCAGUUUCCGCCAGGUUAUCCAAAAUGAAGGUGUUGGCGCUCUAGCAACUGGCUUCGGCCCUACAUGUGCUGGUUAUUUCAUGCAAGGCGCGUUCAAGUUUGGAGGAUAUGAGUUCUUCAAACAACAGUCUAUCGACAUCCUUGGUCUUGAGAAGGCUCGCCAGAAUCGCGCCCUUGUUUACUCUGUGUCUGCUGGUUGCGCUGAGUUUUUUGCCUCUGUUGCUCUCUGCCCUCUGGAGGCUACCCGUAUUCGUCUUGUCUCAACCCCCGGGUUCGCCAACGGUCUGGUUGGUGGAUUGGGAAAGAUUCUCAAGAACGAAGGUAUUGGUGCCUUCUACUCUGGAUUUGGUCCAAUCCUUUUCAAGCAGGUGCCUUACACAAUCACUAAGUUUGUUGCCUUUGAGAAGAUUGCCGAGACCAUCUUUGGCAUGUUCGAUAAAGCUUCCAUGUCGUCAGGAGCCCAAACUACUGUCAAUCUGGGAUCUGGUCUUCUCGCUGGUUUCGCUGCCGCCAUCGUCUCCCAGCCUGCGGACACUAUGCUGUCCAAGGUUAACAAGACAAAGGGUCAGCCUGGUGAGAGCACCAUCUCUCGACUUAUUAAGAUUGCUAGCGAGCUUGGUCUGCGUGGAUCUUUUGCUGGUCUCCCUACCCGUCUUUUCAUGGUAGGUGGACUCACUGCUGGUCAAUUCGCUAUCUACGGCGACAUCAAGAAGGCUCUUGGUGUUUCUGCUGGUGUUGAGAUUUCAAAGUAAAGAGCAGGUUUUAGUCGGUUUCAAGGGUUGGGAUAUUCUUGAAAAGCUAGUCCAGUCACCAGAUAGGUAUGUGCAUGCUUUAAAACCCGAAGCACUGCGCAUCAACCUGCAGAGAUCUUACAGUAUUCUUUGUUGUCAGCUGUUUCGCUGUUAUGGCGAUGUCCUAGUAUCGAAUCUUGCACACUACCAAAAAAUGGCUGCUUUUGCUUGAAGCCCGCUGGAAGGUCAUCACAGCCAAAGAUAUUGUCGUGAUGCAUUAUGUCGUGAUUGUUGCUCAUCUCACAAAAGCAAUUCACGGUGCUUCUCC